AUGUUCUUCGGAAUCUUCAACAUCUUCCCCAAUUUGCUCACGUACGUGUCUGCCUCUGCCCAGCGCUUCCUCCAGCUUCCGGAGCUCAGGCUUCAGCGUCGGAACCCGGCACAGAGCUCCACGGGGCUCACCACCCUCUUCCCCAUCUUCGCCUCGUACAAAGCGCUGCGCACCGGCGACCCGCAGCAGCUGACGCCAUGGCUGAUGUUCUGGGUGUGCUUCACCAUCGCCCAGACAGCCGAAUACUGGUUCUCGUGGGCGGUUGACUGGGUCCCCUUCUACGCGUGGAUACGCUUCGGCGCCUACCUGUACCUCGUCCAGGGGGCCCCAUACAUCUACCAGACGCACGUGCACCCCUUCCUGGUGCAGCACGAGCAUGAGAUCGAGCGCUUCAUUAGCGAUGCGCACGAAAACGGCAAGCGCGUGGGCCUGCAGUAUCUCAACCAGGCUAUCGAGUACGUCAAGGUCAACAUCCUGGGCAUGGCGCCGCGCCAGCCCACCCCGCCCCCGGCUGGCCGCCCCGGUCAGGGUGGAACCUACGCCCAAAACCUCUUCGCACGCUUCAACCUACCCUCGGCCUCCCAGGGGCUUGCCGCACCCGCCGGCGACUUCUACGGCCUGGUUUCGGGUGCCCUGCAGGGCGCCGCCCAGUGGCAGAAGCAGGGCAGCGCCUCGCGCGACGAUGCCGCCGCCGCCCUUUCCGCCAGCGGCGCCCUCAUCCCGGACGAAAUCGCCCGUGGCCGCCCCGAGGACCGCGCCAACUACAUCGCCUCGCAGCGCGACCGCCUGCAGACGCUGCUCAGCGCCUUCGACCGCGAGGCUGCCACCGCCAAUGCUUCGAGAGACCCGUCCAGGGACCGCAGUGCUGGCGGUAGUCUGACCAAGAGCAAGAGCGAGCUGGAGUUUGAUCGCGUCGAGUAUGACGAGGCGCUCGAGGGAGGAAGCAACAGCGGCGGUAGCGCACGCGGCCGCAUGGGCGGCAGGACAACCAGUACCGGUUGGAUGCCGUGGCAGUGGGGCCAGCAACAGCAGCAGCAGCAGCAGCAGCAACAGCAACAGCAACAGCCAGAGAAGGGGAGGCUGUCGCCGCAACCGCCGUCGAGGUCGCGCACGCCGUCGCGUGAGGACAGGGCAAGGGCUACGAGCAACGACCUGGCGUACUAA